CGGCAGCACUUAUUUCUGCAGCUUUCGGCAGCUCCUUUAUUUCUUUUGGAUUGUCAGCAAUUUUUUGGUUGGUCAGGUACUAUUUUUAAUUCGGCGUGCACUUAUUUUUUUACGGGUCUCAUGUCUUCCGAGUCUUUUACCGUGAAAUUUACGGGUAAAAAUUAUUCUACAUGGGAAUUUCAAUUCCGUUUAUUUGUUCUGGGAAAGGAGUUAUGGGAUCAUAUUGAUGGGAGUAAUCCGGCUCCUACUGAGCUUCCUAAAUUAGCUUAGUGGCAGAUCAAAGAUGCUAGGGUGAUGACAUGGAUUUUAGCAUCGGUUGAUCCUCUGAUUGUUCUUAAUUUGAGGCCUUAUAAAACUACUAAAUCUAUGUGGGACUAUUUGAAAAAGGUGUAUAAUCAGGACCAUACGGCUCGACGGUCUCAGUUAGAGUAUGAAAUUGCCAGUUACACUCAGGGCAAUCUCUUCAUUCAAGAUUAUUUUUCUGGAUUUAAUAAUCUUUGGGGAGAAUUUACUGACAUAAUUUAUGCCAAGGUACCAGAAGAGUCUCUCUCUGUUGUGCAGGAAGUUCAUGCGCAAAGCAAGCGCGAUCAAUUUUUAAUGAAGUUACGUCCUGAAUUCGAGGUCACUCGCUCUAAUUUGAUGAAUCGUGCUCCUGUGCCGUCUUUGGAUAUUUGUUUUGGGGAAUUACUUCGUGAGGAGCAGCGUCUUGCCACCCAGGCUACUUAUCAGCAUGACACAAUGAUACCCCCUGCUGUUACUUAUGCUGCUCAUGGAAAAGGCAAGGGACGAGACAUGCGGACAGUUCAAUGUUUCAGUUGCAAAGAAUACGGACAUAUUGCUAAUAAUUGUGCACGGAAAUCUUGCAACUAUUGUAAGAAGCCUGGGCAUAUUAUCAAAGAUUGUCCUACACGUCCCCAAAAUCGCCAGGCUCAUGCUUAUCAGGCUACGGUGGGUUCCGCUUCUGCUACUCCCGUUCAUGACUCAUCUACUCUUACUACUGAGAAGGUUCAGCAGAUGAUUCUUUCAGCUUUUUCAGCCUUAGGGCUGCAAGGAUCAGGUGUCGGGCAAGAUACUCGCGAGGAGGCCUAAAGUUGGACGUUUAUUUCCUUUACAUUUUUCCAUUCCUAAUGUCAUUUCAUUUGCUUGUAACACUGUGAACAAUAAGUGUGAAGUAUGGCACAAACAGUUAGGUCAUCCUAAUUCCGUUAUUUUAUCUCAUGUCAUAAACUCUGGUUUGUUGGGCAAUAAAGAUCAAUUUUCUUCUCU